AUUUCUGGUUAGAGGAACCAAUAAGAGCUACAGCGUUUUACUCCUACAAUUAAUGGCCCUCCUGAUUUACAAGUUGAUUAGGUACUGUUUGAUUCCAUUCAUCUAUAUGCACACUUUUCGCAUAGAAACAAAGUCCAAUAUUUAUGAAAUUCCAGAACAAUAACAAACUCCUUCACAACUCCUUUGCCUGAUUGGAACCAAUACCUCCAACCAUAGUUGCGAAACGAAUUUACCACAGUUAUUUCAGCAUGGUCAUUGAUUAAUACAAGUAUUGAUCUCACUAAACUAUUAAAUUAAUGAAAAGUUAAAAAUUCUAUAGUGCGCAUAUAAGUGUUAUCUUACUAAUCGUUUUACUGAAUGAAUUUAAUCAAAUGAAACGAAGGAAGGUUGUAGAUAUUGGUGAACCUGUUAAGAGCGAAUUAACAAUGGAAGCUGCCUGUCCUAAAAAGUUGAUUAAAUCGAAAUCGGGUCUCAGAAUCGUAGCUACAAAUGAUGAAUACAAAAGUCCUUUUUUCCUCUGUGAACCACAAUGGAUUCCAGAUAGCGAGAGCACAAACUGCACAGGGUGCAAGGCCAAAUUUGACUUCAUAACAAGAAGGCAUCAUUGUCGCCGUUGUGGACAGAUAUACUGUGGGUCAUGUUGUGAUAGUAAAAUGGGGCUUCCUCGAAUGUGCUUUGUAGAUCCUGUUCGUGUUUGCAACAGAUGUGCACUGGUUACCAACAAGGAAAGUAAUUUCUUUGAUCGGCAGCUGAAAACACUUACCAGUGGUGCUACUUUCCUCCUGGAUCAGGGUUUCUCAACUUGUCCAGAUUCUGUCAACUUUCUUGUCUGCAGGCUGUCUCAAGAUCACAGAUAUCUUGUGUUUGAAGGCAGGACAGCUGAUUCUAUGAAUACAGUGGAAUUACGUCAGUUGAAGACCAUUGGUGUUGCACGGGAUCCUGAUGCUGCUGACAGUGAUGGGGAACUGGAAGGUUAGUCAUAAUGUUACAGCACUGAAGCCAAUGUAAUUUCAGUUUUUCUGCUUUGUGAUAAUGUUAAUGAGCCAAGAUAAAUGGUUAGACUGGACAACCAGCAUUGACUUUCCAGAGGGGCUGUUUUUUUGUUUAUCUCGUAACCACUACAUCCUUAAUGGCCCUGGGGCCCACCCAGCCUCCUAUUAAUUGGGUUUAUAGGACGUUUCUGCGGGAUUUAAAGCAGACCAAUACCCUUCUAUUGUUUGCCUUAUUUUGGAUUUAGUUCUUCAUCCUUUUAGUUCCUGUUUUUCUGUUAAUAUUGGCUUUGUUGCUUGUUAGAGAAUAGUUUUAUUACUCAAGGAUUGUCCCUGAGUAGUUUUAUGCCUAGGCAGUUUGGUGAAAAUGUUUAAUUUUUUGUGUGUUUUAAUUUGGUUUUAAAUUAUUCCAUCUCUUGGGGGGGGGAGUCUUGUAUUCUCAUGUUUCAGGUUGAGAAUUUAUGGAGCAUUGCCAUUAUGCAUGAUGUAGUGAUUAUGCUUAGAGGCAAGUAUGUUUUAUGGAGAGUUCUCUCUUCUGGGAUAUAAUGCUGGGUAGUCUGUUGAUGGACUUAAAUUUGAGAAAGAAA